UUCUGGGAGCUGAGUGCUUGUUGCGCGAGCCGCUCGUUGAGCAGCUGCGUCUUUGCACACGUUUCUCUUACGUGUAGCCCGCGUGUCCCAAAUGCGACAGUUUUUCCUGCGAAUUUGUGGUAAAAGCCCGCCACACAAUAGCGGAUGUCGACCGAUUUGUUUUGCGGUCUUAGCUUUCGCGGCGACCAAGUUUAAAUCAGCCAAGUUCCCAGUCCACUCACACUGUCACUGACUGACUUGUCUGUCACUGUGCUGCUGAGCAGCAGUUUGAUUCCCUGUCUCCAUGCCCUCCCCAUGAUGCCCUAGACUCAACGACGGGGCUAUUUUUUGCCAUUUGUUGCCUCACCUGCUACUGUCACUCACUACUGGGUAUAGAGGGACUUGCCUAGAUUUUGUCACUGGAGUUUGUGGAUGUGACGGAGGAACAAAGCUGAAAUGAAAAUCCCUUGUUUUCUUCUGUCCAUGCUGCUUCUCCUGUUGGUCUUCGUAGCAGGAAGCCUGGGAAGAAAUGAGGAGGAGCGCCUCAUUAACCAUCUGUUCAAGGAACGUGCCUACAACAAGGAGUUACGGCCAGUGGCCAGCAAAGAUGAAGCAGUGACUGUCUAUCUGGGCCUCACAUUGUCCAACCUGAUCUCACUGAAAGAAGCUGAUGAAACUCUCCUGACCAAUGUGUGGAUGGAGCAUGGAUGGUAUGACAGCAGACUUUCAUGGAACAAGUCAGAAUAUGGGGACAUUGACAUUUUGCGCCUGCCCCCCAGUAUGGUCUGGCUGCCUGAGAUUGUGCUAGAGAACAACAAUGAUGCCCAGUUUCAGGUGGCCUAUUACUGCAACGUCUUGGUCUAUGACUAUGGCUAUGUCUACUGGCUGCCUCCAGCCAUCUUCCGUAGCUCUUGUGCCAUCAAUGUCAACUACUUCCCCUUCGAUUGGCAGAACUGCACACUCAAGUUCAGUUCCCUGACCUACAAUGCCAAGGAGAUCACCAUGCAGUUGAAGGUAGAUGAAGAUGGCCUUGGGAGAUCUUACAAAGUAGAGUGGAUUACCAUUGACCCUGCAGCCUUCACAGAGAAUGGGGAGUGGGAGAUCAUCCACAAGCCAGCCAAGCGGAACACAUACAAGGAUAUCCCGCUGGAGAGCAACAAGCACCAGGACAUCACCUUCUACCUCAUAAUCAAGCGCAAGCCACUCUUCUACAUUGUCAACAUCAUCAUCCCCUGUGUACUCAUCUCCUUCCUCGCAUCGCUGGUCUACUACCUACCAGCAGACAGUGGGGAGAAGAUGACCCUGUCCAUCUCUGUUCUCCUGGCCCAGUCUGUGUUCCUGCUGCUGGUCUCCCAGAGGCUGCCUGAAACCUCCAUGGCCAUCCCCCUUAUUGUGAAGUACCUUAUGUUCAUCAUGGUGCUGGUCACUGUUGUCGUACUCAACUGUGUCAUCGUAUUGAAUCUCCACUUCCGCACCCCCAGCACACAUAUCAUGUCUGAGUGGACCAAAGAGGUACCGAGGCUAAUCUCUCCCUUUUUACAUCAGUACAUCUGCAUGGCUGCUGCACAGCAAUUCUUUCUGGAGAGGCUCCCUCGCCUUCUGCAUAUGUCACGGCCAGCGGAGAGUGAGCCCGGUUGGGAGGGGGCUGUGCCCCGGCGUAGCAGCUCAGUGGGCUACAUUGCCAAGGCUGAUGAGUACUACAGCAUCAAGUCACGCAGUGAGCUCAUGUUCGAGAAGCAAUCCAAGAGACACGGCCUGUCCCCCCGCGCCACCCCUGCUGCACCAUGCAAAUUGAACAGUGAGGAUGUUGCGAGUGAGCAGCUCUUUUCCGAGUUGAAGCCAGCAGUGGAUGGAGCAAAUUACAUUAUCAAGUACAUGCAUGAGAAAAACGAUUACAAUGAGGAAAAGGAUAACUGGAGUGGAAUUGCUCGAACCAUCGACCGCCUCUGCCUCUUCUUGGUAACACCAGUCAUGACUGUGGGAACUAUUGCCAUUUUUGUGAUGGGCAUCUACAAUCACCCUCCACCACUGCCAUUUGAGGGGGACCCAUACAACUAUUUGAUAACCAACAAGCGCUUCAUAGUUUGAGGACGUUCAUGCCAAUGACUGAAGUAACUUGAACACUGAGUUACUUCAGCACACAUGUUGUCCUUGUCUGCGAGUUUUUGACCCAAACAUAACAGAUAUGUGGUAUAGUGCUUUUUGUCAGUAUGCUAGAACAAAUAUGUUUGGCUUUGGUUCAGUGGUAUUAAAGAGAUUAAAGCUGCGAUCUGUGAAUGUUUGUUUUUAAAUAGGCUGGAAAGGAGAAAAGUUCUUUCCCAACUUCCUGCUCACAUCCUUUUGGAGUUGAGAAGAUGUUACAGUGGAAGGACUACGAGGUUGUAACCAAGCAAUGGAGUGCAAUGAGAGGUUGUUACCAAGCAAAAGAUUUGCAAUUCUUUAAGACUUGAGGUUUAGUGAAGUUUUAUUCCAGAGCACAUGUUGGGUCUGCAGAGUUUAAUGGUAACUGCAUUGUGUAACAGAACAUCCAUGGAAAAAUAUAUAACCUGAACAAAAUAUUUUAUAUGCAUAAACUUAUACCAAGAUUUUUACCUGUGUUUUUGUUUUGCUAUUACAGUUUUUGGGGGGUGCGGUG